AGUCCCGGAAGUUGCUUAUUACCACCGGAAGUGACGUAUGAAGCAGACUGGUGGAGGGAGCGGGCGAAAAUGGCUGAAUAUUUAGCUUCUAUUUUCGGGACAGAAAAGGACAAGGUUAACUGCUCUUUUUACUUUAAGAUUGGGGCUUGCAGGCACGGGGACAGGUGCUCUCGGCUCCACAACAAACCCACGUUCAGUCAGACCAUCGUGCUGCUCAACUUGUACCGGAACCCACAGAACACGGCCCAGACAGCCGAUGGAUCCCACUGCCAUGUCAGCGAUGUGGAGGUGCAGGAGCAUUAUGACAGCUUCUUUGAGGAGGUGUUCACGGAGCUGCAGGAGAAGUAUGGGGAGAUCGAGGAGAUGAACGUCUGUGAUAACUUGGGGGACCACCUCGUGGGGAACGUCUAUGUCAAGUUCCGCAGGGAAGAGGAUGCAGAGCGGGCCGUGACGGAACUCAACAACCGUUGGUUCAAUGGGCAGGCCGUGCAAGCUGAGCUCUCGCCUGUCACGGACUUCAGGGAGUCCUGCUGUCGUCAAUAUGAAAUGGGCGAAUGCACUCGAGGCGGCUUCUGCAACUUCAUGCAUCUUCGGCCAAUCUCCCGGGACCUUCGACGGCAGCUGUAUGGCCGGGGCCCAAGAAGAAGGGGCCCGUCACCCACGAGAGCGGGGGGCGGACACCGCCCUCGAGAAAGGAACCGCAGACGAUCUCCGGACCAUCGCCACGGGCGCUUCUGAGACCCCCUACUCCAGCCCCAGCGACGUUCCCCCAGGACCACCACCAUUGUGCUUGCCUCCCCUUUCCCUCCUUUGGGGCUUUGGGGACCCUCCGCUGCCCUAAAAGAACACGGGAAGAGCAGGAACCAACUCCCUCCCUCCCCCCAAUAAAAUGUGUCUGCUUUUA